CGCAUUUUCGUACGCAGUAAAAAUACAGCACAACAAGUUGACUUCGAGUUUGAGUCGUAUGACUUCGCAUAUUUUAUUUUUACGACCCAGUGUUUCGGUUUACUUAAUUAACAACACACGUGCCCAGUAAUCCGUGGCAUAAAAAAAAAUGAAGUUCACGCUGUUUUUAUUCGUGACGCUGUGUGUGCUGAAUUUCUACGUAAACGGCAAAUGGACUGCACGGGAAGCAGCGAAUGAGAUUCCUACUCGUAGGCCAUAUAAAUAUGGUUCUGAUCCACCACCGCAUACUGAGCUUAUUGCUAUGGCCAGAUAUACGCUUCAUAAUGCAGAUUGGGCCUCUAUCGCAACUGUAUCCGUGUUGCCUGCUAUUGAAGGUUUCCCAUUUUCUAAUGUGAAAUCAAUUGCUGAUGGAUACAUUAAAAACUCAACUGGCAUUCCUUAUUUCUACAUGUCACCGUUAGAUUUUACUGCUAAGGAUUUAUCGAAAAACAACCGCGCAACAGUACUUGUGAGCUUAGAGGAGACAAGAUACUGUGAGAGCCAACAAUGGGACCCUGAAGACCCUCGCUGCACCAGACUGAUGCUCACAGGUAUCAUGAAGAAGGUCAAGGAGGGCACCCCUGAGUACACUUUUGCGAAAGGCGCGUUGUUUGAGCGGCAUCCGGCUAUGGCUAACUUCCCCUCUGAUCACGACUGGUUCGUUGCGAAGCUGAAAAUUGCCCAAAUAGCAAUGGUGGACUACUUUGGAGGUGCAAAAUAUAUCCCUGUUAAGGAUUAUCUCGCGUACAACUACACACAAAUCGUUAACACGUCAAGAAGUCAAAUCUUCAAUGACGAAAGUUAGAAUUUUACAAAAGUAAUCUACACAUACCUACGUAGUACAUGUUAUUUUAAAUAUUAUAAUGUAACAAAAUGUGAUAUUAUGGAAAUGAACCUAGAAGGUUAUUUUUAUAAGGAAUAUGAAAGAAAAACGUUUUUUUUUA